CCCAACGCAAACAUACCCUUCCCUGCUCCCCCGCAUCUCUCCGACCAUUACUUGCUUGCUCUCUCUCCUUACAAUUUCCGUGUUAGAAUCAGAAACCCACCAUGCCUGAAGCUCCAAAACAGUCCACAGGCUCCAACCUUGAAGAGAGCAACAAGAAGACUCUUGAGUUCAUCGAGGACGUCACCUCCAACGCCGACCAAGUCCAGGGGAAUGUCCUUUCCGAAAUCCUGUCCCGUAAUGCCAACGUGGAGUAUUUGCAGAGAUACGGCCUCAAUGGCGCCACCGACAGCGACACCUUCAAGAAGCGCCUCCCCGUCAUCUCCUACGAGGACCUCGAACCCGACAUUACCCGUAUCGCCAAUGGCGACAACUCCCCAAUCCUCUGUUCCAAACCCAUCUCCGAGUUCCUCACCAGUUCUGGAACUUCCGGCGGAGAGAGGAAGUUGAUGCCGACGAUCGAGGAAGAGCUGGGAAGAAGGUCGUUGCUGUACAGUUUGUUGAUGCCGGUGAUGAGCCAGUUCGUUCCGGGGUUAGAGAAAGGGAAAGGAAUGUACUUUCUAUUCAUAAAAUCGGAAGCGAAAACCCCAGGAGGACUGGUGGCUCGUCCCGUGUUAACCAGCUACUACAAAAGCUCUUACUUUAAGAACAGACCCUACGAUCCUUACACCAACUAUACGAGCCCCAACGAGACGGUGCUCUGUUCUGAUUCUUACCAGAGCAUGUAUUCGCAGUUGCUGUGCGGGCUUUGCCAGCACGACGACGUCGUUCGGGUCGGGGCCGUUUUCGCCUCAGGCUUCAUUCGCGCCAUCCGGUUCCUCGAGAAACACUGGGCCCUUCUCGCUAAUGACAUCCGCACAGGGACCUUGAACUCGCAAAUCACUGACACAUCGGUGCGAGACUGUGUCAUGAAGAUCCUCAAACCCGACCCGGGCUUGGCGGACUUCAUCGAGUCCGAGUGCAGCAAGAGCUCGUGGCAGGGGAUUAUAACCAGUCUGUGGCCUAACACCAAGUAUGUGGAUGUUAUUGUUACAGGGACAAUGUCACAGUACAUUCCCACGUUGGACUACUACAGCAACGGCCUCCCUCUUGUCUGUACCAUGUACGCUUCCAGCGAGUGUUACUUCGGAGUCAACCUCAAGCCUCUCUGUAAACCCAGCGAAGUCUCUUACACUCUUAUCCCCAACAUGUGUUACUUUGAAUUCCUCCCUGUAAAUCGCAGCAAUGGCGCCCUCAACGACAAAGAACAGCAAGAAUUGGUCGAGCUCGUCGAUGUUAAGGUCGGUCAAGAAUACGAGCUCGUCGUCACCACGUACGCUGGGCUGUAUAGGUACAGGGUGGGGGACAUUCUGAGGGUGUCGGGGUUCAAGAACAAGGCGCCGCAAUUCAACUUCGUAUGUCGGAAAAACGUGGUGCUGAGCAUAGAUUCGGACAAGACGGACGAGGUGGAGCUGCAGAACGCGAUGAAGAACGCGGUGACGCAUCUGGUGCCAUUCGACGCGGCGGUUUCAGAGUACACGAGCUACGCCGACACGUCGACGAUCCCGGGGCACUACGUGCUGUACUGGGAGCUUACCCUGAACAGGUCAACUCCGAUUCCGCCGUCGGUGUACGAGGACUGCUGCCUGACGGUGGAGGAAUCGCUGAACAGCGUGUACCGACAAGGGAGGGUGUCGGACAAGUCGAUCGGACCGUUGGAGAUAAAGAUCGUGGAACAGGGGACGUUCGAUAAGCUUAUGGAUUAUGCAAUUAGCUUGGGAGCUUCGAUAAAUCAGUACAAGACGCCGAGGUGUGUGAAGUUCAAGCCUGUGGUGGAGCUUUUGGAUUCGAGAGUCGUGAGUUGUUAUUUCAGUCCAAAGUGUCCCAAGUGGGUUCCGGGACACAAGCAAUGGAUCAACCUGAACAAUAACUGAGGAUGAUUGCGUUCAUUAAUUAAUUAAUGUUGUGGGUCUUUUUAGGGAAUUAUUAAUCAAUCACUUUUUAUUUUUAUUUUUAGGGUAAUUUUAUGUUGAAGGACUCCAUUUUUACGUUUGGCGUAUUUUUAAUUAGCUCCACCACUACCACCACUCCUGUAAAAAGCAAUUUCAAACAAGCUUUCUUCUUCUUCUUUCU